AUGUCGUCAUGGCGUGGCCGAUUUAUCGAGGGCGUGUGGCAUUGCGACUGCGAUCCACGGCUGCCCGCGGAGCAUUUUCAGACAAAAAAGGCCGGUGUAAACCGUGGCAGAUGGUUCUACACAUGCCAGAAACCGCAAUCUGAAGGAUGCAAAUUCUUCCUCUGGGAGGACGACGCCCAAGUCCGAGAGAAGCAGACAGUACUUGCGAAUUCGCGAUCCGAACAUCAUACCCCGAUGAGACGCCCUCCUAAGAAUAAUAAUACCAGCACCCAGGUUGGCGGUCUUCUCACGCCGGGCACUGGCGCUCGGAGAACGCAAGCAUCCGCGCACCAGAACGAGGAAAUCACGCUGACGCCCACGAAAGUGCGAAGAAUCGAACAAUCCACACUUGAUGAAGACGAUAACUGGGAUGAUAACUGGGAUGAUGAGGUUGAGAAGAUAAUGACGAGGAGCACUGGCCCGAUGAGGCAGCCCGUCUUUUCUCCCAGCACACCAAGUCAAACGCCACGGACAGCCACGAAGUCGACUACGUCUCCGGGGAAAAGAAAGUUUGAAGACUUUAGUAACGAUGAUCACCCACCGCCAUCUUCUGAGACUGAACCCGGUUCUUCGCAAUCCAGCUUCAUGACCAUGUCCGCCGCGCCGUUCUCAUCAGUGGAAGUGUCGGCAACACCUACUCCACGACGCUACAAGGAUGUGCUCUCAGCGCACGGAAUGUCGUCGACUUCCUUAUCCGAUCUUUCUGCAAAGGUCUUCGCAAUAUUCGAUCGCCAUAAUGUCGUCGUUCCUACAGUGGCCAGAGAUGAAGUAUCGAUGUUCCUUGACCAGCAACACCUACGGGCCCAGGGCAUACUCCGUGGCAGGGAGAUGUCUUGGAUGGCGCUCAAGAAAAAAGACGGAGAGAUAAAGUCAUUAAAGGAAAGGAUCGAGAGCUUGGAAUCGGAGCGUGAAAUGGACAGGAUUGUUAUCGAUUGUCUGAAGAAGUCCAAAUGA